AUGAAGGAUCCGUGGCCUGACGCCUUUGAGGACGGAGAUUCGCGGACGUUCCUGGAGGAGUUAGAGCAGGUCGCGGAGCUGGCGAAACUACGGUCUGACCGGAGUAAGUUAACGGCCCUCCGAGCGCUUCUCAAGGGCCGGGCGCAGGCGGUGUUGGAUACAAUGCGAAGAGAUCCGGGAAAGAUGGAGUGGACCGCCGCGAAGGACGCCUUGCUCGCAGGUUUUGACACCCCGGGCGACCGCCAGCAGGCGUUGCAGAGCUUCAGGACGGUGCAGCUCGGAGUUGGCGAGGGCCUCAUGUAG